UCUUGGGACCCAUAGUUGAUGUCAUGGAUUAUAAUUAAUCCUGAAGAAAUUCUUCGUCAAAAGUUGAUGAUGAUAGACUUUUAAUACCAACAUUGACGGUUGCACCAUACAAGACAAAGAUUAAGAAAUAAGUAUAAAGAGAGUUAUUGCAAUAAAUAUAACAAAUGAAAAUGUCACCCCAACCGCUACCUAUUUUAAAUUAGUAAAACGGAAAAAAAAAAAACGGAAACAAAAUGAUAUUUGAUGUAACAUGGAGAAGUGGGGGGUGUAGUUUGAAUUUCACCAUCAAACUAAGCACCUCCCAAUGCCAUGACCCCCACCAUUUCCCCAACCACAGGUGAGCAAGCCCAACCUACUUUUCUUCCUUUUCUUUUUUUCUUUUAUCCAGCUUUCUCUUUACUUUAAAGCACAUGCCAUCUCAUCUCUCUAUCUUUCUCAUUAUGUUGUUGGAAGAUAUCUUGUUGAGUGUUCCUCUAAUCUAACUUCACUUGCUCCGCAAGUACUCCAUGGAUUCUCAUGCUGCGGAAAUUACUUUUAUAUGGGAAUAACAGCUCUCUCACACACAACUAUUUCCAAAGUGAUUUUUUACUUUAAGCUCUAUUCAACAAACUUAUCACUACUUUGAGGGUGUCAGGGUUAGUCACAUUUCAAAUUUUCAAUCCUCAAAUAGAGAACAAAAUAGAUAGAGCCAACCAUGCCAUUUGGUCUGGUUUCGGCCUGGAACAAGCGCCGUCGAAGCAAGUCCGAAGAUCAUACUGACCCUUGUAUUUUUCUCUUCCUUUUUUCUUCUUCUCAUGCUUUAAUAGCUUACAAAAUCUAUUCAGGGGUUUAUAGACCUGCGGAGUGCUGGCAACUCGAAGAACAAGUAACACGACCUGCGAAAAGACUGCAUGGAUCAGCUGUGUUCACUCUCAAGGAGAUGGAAGAGGCAACAUGUUCAUUCAGUGAUGACAAUCUGCUAGGGAAAGGAGGAUUCGGCAAAGUGUACCGCGGCAUUUUACGGUCGGGAGAGGUCGUCGCAAUCAAGAAGAUGGCGCUGCCAGCAAUUAAAGAAGCCGAGGGGGAACGUGAGUUCCGAGUUGAAGUGGACAUCUUGAGCAGACUCGACCACCCAAAUCUUGUUUCUUUGAUAGGCUACUGUGCUGAUGGAAAACAUAGAUUCCUAGUAUAUGAAUACAUGCAUAAUGGAAACCUGCAAGAUCAUUUGAAUGGAAUUGGAGAAAGAAAAAUGGAUUGGCCCCUAAGACUCAAAGUGGCACUAGGAGCUGCAAAAGGCCUUGCUUAUCUCCACUCAAGUUCUGAUGUUGGAAUUCCCAUUGUUCAUAGAGAUUUCAAAUCAACCAAUAUUCUCUUAGAUGCUAACUUUGAUGCAAAGAUAUCUGACUUUGGGCUUGCCAAGUUAAUGCCAGAAGGUCAAGAGACACAUGUCACGGCCAGAGUUCUUGGAACCUUUGGCUAUUUUGAUCCUGAGUAUACAUCGACUGGGAAACUUACUCUGCAAAGUGAUGUUUAUGCUUUUGGUGUUGUUCUUCUGGAACUUUUGACUGGACGCCGAGCAGUUGAUCUAAACCAAGGUCCCAAUGAUCAGAACCUUGUACUACAGGUGAGGCAUAUUCUGAAUGAUCGAAAGAAGCUGCGUAAGGUCAUAGAUCCAGAGAUUGCCCGAAAUUCUUACACUAUUCAGUCUAUAGUCAUGUUUGCCAAUCUGGCAUCAAGAUGCGUCCGAACUGAUAGUAAUGAGAGACCUUCAAUGGCAGAAUGUGUACAGGAACUCCUAAUGAUUAUCUAUACAAAUUCAAAAGGUUUGGGAAUGGUUAUGCAUAGUUUGAGAUUGAUCUAGAAAAAAAAAGGGUAAGACAUGGAACUACAAUGAUUUCUUCUUGAUAACAAAUAAGAGCUCUCUAUAAGAAGCUGUCCAUCCACACAUAAAAACAAGGCAGAGUAACAUGACCAGGAGGCUUUGCACAUUCUUGUACAGCAUAUAACUAAUUUGGAUGAUCUGAUAGGAGAUAAGGAACUCAAUUGGUUAAUCCAUGGUGGACGAAGCUGAUGGAAGAUUUUCAUUUUUUCUUCUUUCUUUUCCGAAGUCAUGAGUACCUAAUGUUAUUGUUUUGUUUUGGCACAGCUGGCAUGGUUCAAGAAAUUCCAUAUGCCAUAUUGUUCUAAUAUUGAGAUUGAUUUAUAGUUAUAAACCCAAGACACAUACCCGUGGUUUGAUUAUACUCAUGAAAAAUCCAGAGUUCAGAUAAUUUGUAUUUUGUGUGCA